UCCCGUCACCGUCGGGGGGUCCCGCCGGGGCCGCCGUGUCGCGACAGUCGCGACGGGCGCGGGCGGCUCCGAGCGGCACCGGCGCCUCCCGGUUCUCCCUGCCCCGGGAUCUUCCCGCUUUUCCCCGUUCCCAUCCCGGGCUCUUCCCGGUUUUUCCCCCGUUCCCAUCCCGGGCUCUUCCCGGUUUUUCCCCCGUUCCCAUCCCGGUCUGUUCCCGGUUUUUCCCCGUUCCUCCCGGGCUCUUUCUGGGGUUUUUUUCCCCGAUUUUUCCCCCACUCUCAUCCCAGUCUAUUCCCGGGUUUUCCCCGUUCCCAUCCCGGUCUGUUCCCCGUUUUUCCCCUAUUCCCAUCCCGAGCUCUUCCCGGUUUUUCCCCGCUCCCACCCCGGCUUUUCCCCGCUCGCAUCUCGGCGCUUUCCCGGUUUUCCUCCUCUCCACUCCCGGUUCCUGCCCGGUUCUCCCUCGGUCCGCUCCCGCUUUCCUCCCGCUCCCAUCCCGGGCUCUUCCCGCUCCUUUCCCUCGCUCCCAUCCCGGUUUUUUCCCGUUCCCUCCCCUCUCCGUUCCCGAUUUUCUCCCGCUCCGUUCCCGGUCUCCUCCCGCUCCUCUCCCGGCGCUUUCCCGGUUCCUCCCCGGUUUCUUCCCGGUCCCGUCCCGGUUUCCUCCCGCUCUCAUCCCGGUUUUCCUGCCUUUUCCCGCUUUUUCCCGCUUUUCCCGAUGUUUCGUCUCCCCGCAGCCGCCGGGAUGAAGCCGGAGGAGGCUCCGUCCUGCCGGGAGCAGGGAACGCCGCUCCCGGGAGCCGGCUCCCCUCCCGCGGGGCCGGUGCGCUGCGCGGGCUGCGGCCGCGGCAUCCGGGACCGGUUCCUGCUGCGGGUGAACGAGCGCUCGUGGCACGAGCGGUGCCUGCGCUGCUCCGAGUGCGGCCGGGGGCUGCGGGGCCGCUGCUUCAGCCGCGAGCCGCCGCCUGCUCUGCGGCCCCGACUACGACAGGCUGUUCCCGCGGCGCUGCAGCCGCUGCCUGGGCGCCGUGGGGCGCUCGGAGCGGAUCCUGCGCCUCCCCGGGCGCCUUUUCCACGAGCGCUGCUGGGCUGCGGCCGCUGCGGGCGCCGCCUGCGCCGCGGGGACGAGUUCGUGCUGCGGGACGGGCGCGUGCUGUGCCGGGGCCACGCCGAGCCCGCGCCGCGGGGAGCGCCCGGCGCCGCGGGGGGGAGCACGCAGGUAAAAAUUUUUGGGGAUGGGUGGAUUUUUUUUUGGGCUGGAACAACCAAACCUUUCCUCAGGAACUCCAGGGCUGGAAAGGCCCAAAACCCCAAAACUCCUCUGGGAAUUCCAACUCCCAGUGACGGAUUUUUAUUUUUUUCCCCCAAAAUUCCCUUUUUUUUUGUUUUUUUAUUUUUUUCCCAGCCACAGCUGGCAGCGAGGACGAGGAGGGCCGGGAUUCCCGACGCUCCCGGAAUUCCGAGGGGAAGGAUCCCCAAACGUUCCAAGCGGCCCCGAACCAUCCUGAGCUCCCAACAGCGCCGCGCCUUCAGAGCCUCCUUCGAGGUCUCCUCCAAACCCUGCCGGAAGGUGCGGGAGACGCUGGCGGCCGAGACCGGGCUGACGGUCCGGGUGGUCCAGGUGUGGUUCCAGAACCAACGAGCCAAGAUGAAGAAGAUUGCCCGCAGGCAGCAGCAGCAGGAGCAGCUCGGGAAUUCCAGAGGGGGAAUUCCAGCAGGGAGAGGAUCCGGGAGGAGCGGCCGGGAUGGGAACGAGGAUGAGGAGGGCCUGCAGCAGAUCCUGGUCCCGUUUUCCCGGAUUCCGGAGCCCAACGGAUUCGGGAGCGAGGCCGGAACGUUCCGGGGAACGGCGCCCCCGGAGCUGCGGCCCUACGACUCUGAGGGAGUUUUCCGGGAGUUGGACGGGGACGCGCUGGGAUCCUUGAUUCCCACGGAGAAUUCCCAGCAGCUGAUCCUCGGGAAUGCCGGAAUUCCCGAAAUCCCCGCGCCCGGAAUCCCAUGGAGCGCCUGUACUCCAUGCAGAGCUCCUACUUCACCUCCUGACAUCCCGGAAUUCCCGAAAAUCCCAGUCCUGGGAAUCCCAAAAAAACGGGGUCGAACCCCUCCAAGAUUCCGCUGGAAUUUGGGAUUUUCCUUCUGCUCCCGUGCCAAUUUUUGGGAAUUUUUGUGGGGGGAUUUUUUUGGGAAUGCUUCUUUUUUUUUUUCCUUUCUUUUUUUGCAUGUCCGGUGGGAAAUAAAUCCCAGAAAAAAAAUUUAAAAAGAGAGAAAAGUUUUAAAAGUUUUGGGAAUUUGGGGAUUUUGGGGUGGGAUUGGAAUUCCCAGGAAUUUUGGGGCUCCCAAGGGUUGAGAAGGCUCCUGGAAUUCCCAGGAUUUUUUUUUUUUCAUGGAAAACACUGACUCCAAUCCUGAAUAAUUCCACGGGA